AGCCCCGUCAGCAGAGAGAGAGCGAGACUGAGAGAGAGAGAGAGAGAGACUGCAGGGACACAGAGACCGUCUGCAUUGGUGACAGCGAUGUCUCUCUCAGAGAUCCGCCGCAUUCUGAUCAGCGACAGUCUCGCCCCGGCUUGUGCCAGCAUCCUGCGCUCUCAGGGUGGCAUCGAGGUGACAGAGUCCCCGGGACUGUCUCCCGAGCAGCUGCUCUCCGUGAUCAAGGACUAUGACGGGCUCAUCGUGCGAUCAGCGACCAAAGUUGGCGCCGACGUCCUGCAGGCCGGGUCGAGGCUCAAGGUGGUGGGGCGAGCCGGGACCGGAGUGGACAACGUGGACGUGGAAGCUGCCACCAAGAAUGGGGUCAUUGUCAUGAACACGCCGACCGGCAACAGCAUCAGCGCUGCGGAGCUCACCUGCGGCCUCAUCCUCAGCCUGUCCAGACAGAUCCCCCAAGCAGCAGCCUCCAUGAAGGAAGGACGCUGGGACCGCAAGAAGUUUAUGGGCUCUGAGCUCCACGGGAAGACUUUGGGGGUCCUGGGCCUCGGCCGCAUCGGGAAGGAGGUCGCCGUCAGGAUGCAGGCCUUCCAGAUGAAGACUAUCGGUUACGAUCCGGUGAUCCCCCCGGAGGUGACGGCGGAAUUCGGGGUUCAACAAUUCGCACUCGAAGAAAUCUGGGAACAGUGUGAUUACAUCACCGUGCACACGCCACUCCUCCCCUCCACCACAGGACUGAUUAACGACGAAGCCUUCUCCAGGUGUAAGCGGGGAGUGCGGGUUAUAAACUGUGCACGGGGAGGAAUAAUUGAUGAAGAGGCAUUACUGCGGGCGCUCGAGAGCGGGCAGUGCGGGGGAGCCGGCCUCGAUGUAUUCACUGAGGAGCCACCAAGGGAUAAAGCGCUGGUUAACCACCCUCUGGUCAUCAGUUUACCCCACCUUGGGGCAAGUACCAACGAGGCACAGAACCGCUGCGGGGAGGAGAUCGCUCUGCAGAUUGUGGAUCUGGUCAAAGGCAAAGCGCUGAUUGGAGCAGUUAAUGCACCUGCCCUCUCCAGGGCAUUUUCCCCUAAAACCAAACCCUGGAUCCAGCUGGGGGAAGCUCUGGGCGUUCUCCUCCGAGCCCUGCUACCGAAACUCAGUGGGGAUAUUCAGCUGACCACAUCAGGAGAAGCUCUGAGAGACGCCGGAUCGUACCUGUGCUCCGCGGUGACCGUGGGACUUCUCCGUGGAACUGAAGAAAGGCUCAACCUUGUUAAUGCCACGUUCUUCGCCAGGAACCUGGGCAUCAAGGUCACCUCGCUGCAUUGCUCUGAGAAUGGGGAGGAAGUACUGGCCCUGUCCUGUGGUGGUCUCCAGCUGCUGGGUGGGUUGAGUGGUUCUUCUCCAUGCCUCCUUCAGAUUGGAUCCUCCACGUUCCACAGCCCCGUGUCCCUCCACGGAACCCUCCUGCUAUGGGAAGGUCAAGCUCCCCUCCCGAAGCUUAUAGAGGUUCUGGCAGAGUCCGGAGGUCACCUGCGGGUGUUCCACGUAUCAGAAGGACACAGUGUGGCCGGAGUCUCCUCUCCGCUCUCGGAUCUGUCUCCCCUGGGACCCUGCACCCAGCUCGCGUUCUGACCCUCCCCUGCUGAUGUAAUUAACCUGUUAUUAGUCAUUAAAGGGUUGCAGCUCGUUUA